UCAAUGUCAAUUGUCAAGUGUGCUCGCGGCGAAGACGUAAUUUUCCGGCUAUCUCUAUUCUUUUCAAUAAUAACAAUCAAUCAAUACUAUAUUACAGUAAGGAUAUUAUGGAUAUCUGAUUUAUUUCGAACAAUAAUCUAAUUAAAACUUGGAGUGUGUGCUAAAUUUGAUCUCAGCAUAAUGGCUGAAACAACGGAAAAUAUUUUCCUGUUUGUUCCCAACAUAAUCGGUUUCGCAAGGGUCGUUCUGGCUAUUAUAUCUUUCUAUAUAAUGCGUACGCACUGCAUAUUGGCGUGUUUAUGUUAUAUUACUUCGGCCUUGCUCGACGCAUUUGAUGGUCAUGCCGCCAGAAUGUUUAAUCAAAGCACCAAGUUUGGAGCGAUGUUGGAUCAACUUACCGACCGUGCUGGCACCGCAGGCCUCAUGAUGACACUCGCAACAUUCUAUCCAGAAUACACUUUUUGGCUCCAACUGUCCAUGGUCAUUGAUAUAACUUGCCACUGGCUAUACUUGCAUACCUCUACAUUGCAAGGGAAAACGUCGCACAAGUUUAUCGACAUGUCAGAGAAUCCUAUAAUGCACUUGUAUUACACUAACAAGAAUGUCCUUUUCGCUAUGUGCGCUGGCAAUGAAGCAUUCUAUACUGCUCUGUAUGUUGCAUACUUCUAUAAAGGACCUGCAGUUCUGGGAUUAGGACUGUUUGAACUGAUUGCAUGGAUAUCAAUGCCAGUGGCAGUGGUGAAAGCUGGCAUUUCAGUGCUACAUGGUAUUGUGGCGUCCAUUAACCUGUCUAUUAUUGAUGUCAAGGAACGAGCGGCUCUUGCAGAGAAGCAAAAGGAAUAAAACUACACAAACAACCAUGUUCCUAUUUAUUUUAGCUUACUUAGUAGUGAACUCGAAUGUCUUAGUUGUUUCCAAAAAUGCCAAAAAUAUUUCCAUUUUUAUUAGUGAGUUUUGUCAAUUGAUGGUUACAAGGUCCACUUA